GAAUUAAGACGUUCCUCUUAGUUUUGACAUAAUUUUAUAUAAAUAUAUUAAAUUGUAGUAAAAUUUCAGUUAAUAGUUAUGUAUAAUAUAUUUCUAUGUACCCUUACUCAAUUUCUAACAAGUCUUUCAAGGUUUUCAUUUGUCAACUAUAAAUAAAAACUGUCAAUUUUUGUUAUCAAAUGUUAUUUUAUUUAAAGGUCAACAGGUUCAUUGAUUGUUUGUUCCUUUUUAUUAAUUGUUCAUGUUUUGUUACCCAAUGUAUUAAACGAAGCUAACUCAUUGGAGAUUAUUGAAUUUCUGGUUUAUCCAAAAACCAUUUACCAAAAUAGAAUAAUUGUUCUUUAAGAUUAUUAUAUAGAAUUACGUUUAGUUUAUUUCUACUGAAUGUUGUUGAACGUCGUGGGCUCUACAAAAAUGGAAACUUACAAGUGCUCUUUAUCUGUAGUAGAUGUUUAUGACAUAGCUCAAGACAUAGGUCGAGAGUUUGAAGGUAUUAUGGAUGCCUAUGGUACAGAUGCCAUAACAGGACUUAUGCCAAAAGUAGUUAAUGCUUUAGAACAAUUGGAAGUAUUAGCUUUGAAAAAUGAACGUGAAAAUACAACUGUUGAAGACUUACGUGCUACUAUUCAACAAUUAGAAAGAGACAAACAAGAGCGAGCUGAAGAAAGACUCAAAUAUGAACAGGAAAUGGAACAAAUUGAAGAAAAGUGGCGAGAAGAUUAUAAUGAAUUGUUGAAUACUGUUUCUAGAUUGCAAGAAGAUAACCAUAAAUUAACUAAGUCUGUACAAGCUGCCAAAAAAGAUAAAAUUGUUGAAACAAAAUCUCAAGUUUUAAGUCCUGAUAUUGACACUGUUGCCCUUCAACGACUACGUAGUACUGUAGACCAAAUGAGAGACACUAUUAGAAAACAAGACCAGGAGUUAACCUCUAAGUGCAAUGAAGUUGAUUCUCUUUCCAUUCAAAGUGAAAGACUACAAUCUACUCUAAAAGAUUUGCGACGUAAACAUCGUUUUGCUCAAAUGCAAUGCCGUAGUUUAGUUGAAGAAAGAGCUGAUAUUCUUGCACAAUUACAAUCACAACAAAGAGAAUUUAUUUCUUUAAGACAAAGAUAUGGUAUGGCUCAAAAAGAAAAUGAAGAUCUCGCUAAAUAUAGAAAUGAUAUGCCAGAUUUAAAAAAUAAAGCUAUAUAUGACUUAGAUGACCCUGAUCGACCAAAAUUUACAACUAAUGAGUUAAAAGACAUACUAACAGAACGAAAUAAUUUAAAAGCUAGAGUCAAUGAAUUAGAAGAUGAAUUACAACAAUUUAAACCAAUGGAACAAGUAGUUGUAUCCCAGGCUCGAGAUGAAAUCGAAAAAACGCGGGUACGAAGAAUUCUCUUACGAAAAUGGAAUAGAAUGGACCGAAAAAUUGUUUUCUCCAUUCCGAAUGAAAAAAACACGGAAGUAUCAAGCAUCCCCUCAGAAAACCCGUCAGGCAUAAUAUCUCCUUCCAGGUCUGAUGAUGAACUGGAAGAAGGACCUGUUCAAGGUCCUUUACCUCUCGAACCAGAUGAUGCACCAUGGAAGAGAUCAGAAUCGGGUAUACGCAAAUUUUUUCGCAAAAUGUUUGGAGAGACGGGCAAUAUGUCAUUUUCUAAGACUAGUCCUAAACACUCUAAGUUAUCAUUACCCAAAAUGGCUAUACCCUUUGGCAGCUCGUCUAUUUUGGGACCAUCUGAAGUGUGAUAAUUGAUAAUUUAAUUUUGAUCUCAAAUCUUAUUAUUUAUUUUUAGUCUUUCCAACAAAUAUUUUAAGUGUUUUCAUUAAUUAUAGUUUUAUGAGAAUGAAACAAUAUACAUAUAAAUAUCAAAUUUAGACUUGGGAUUAUUUUUCUAUUGUAUAUUUUAAAUUAUUAGCAUUGAAUUAUUUUCAUAUUUAUUUAUAUUACUUUUAUUAUUUUAUAAUUAAUGUAUUUUCGAAAAUUUGGCAGGGGUAUAUCUCAUGUGCAUUUAUAUUUAUGAAGUUUCCGAUGGUUGAGUUAUUAUUAUCAAAACAUUAUUUGUAAUUAUUGUUAAUAGUUAUUUUCAUCAACUUGCCAAAUAAUUGUACUUAUUUAAUUGAUGAUAUUAAAAGUGUGGCCAAUGUAAACAAAUCAAAUUAUGUAAUUAUGUGCCAUAUUAAAAUAGCUUGUUUCAUCAAAUUCAAUUUAUGUUUUAAUUUAUAUGAAUGCAGAAAUUAAAAAUAUUUGUUGAAAUUUUAUCAAACAUAACCUUAAAUAAAUUUUUUUAAUAACUUUUUAGCAUAUAUAAAGUUAAAAAUCCCAUUUUAUUUGUUUAUGAUAAAAACAAUUAUACUUGUUUUUUAUGUAUUAUAACUAUUUAUAUUUUUUAUGUAUACAAAAAUUUAAUCAUGAUGAUUACAGCAUACAUGGUUUUGUAUGACCAUAGUUCUGGCUAAUGCUUUUGACUUAAUUAUGUAACUCUUAUUAUUGAGUGA